CUUCUCGAACGAAGAGUUGGAUGAGUUAGGCCUAGAUUGAGGAAACCGGUUAGCUUCGUGUUGAGCCUCGAACUUCACCACAGUCCGUCGUUGGUCACGGCACACAGUUGUUCGUUACUACGUUAUUUUCCUCGUUCGACUAUAUUCGUUCGCCUGGCGUUAUUGCUUCGCGUAUUUUUAAAAAAUAUUUCAAUCGUGCGGGCCUUUCGCGUUACAUGUGCAUCGAUACCACGUAUUUUUUCGUCUAGAUUUUCGCGGUCACGACGUUUUAUGUCAUUCAUCGCGUCAAGAGAAUGUGUUCGAUUGUUUGAUCGAUCGUCUUGGAAAUUUUCUCUCGCUGAUCCAGGGCCGGAAUGCUGGAAACACAGGAGAGAGGAUACUUUCAUUGGGCAGAUUGGCUCGUGUUCGCGUUGAUGCUCACCGUAUCUGCCGCCGCAGGAUUAUGGCAUUACAGAAGGGCGCAGAAGUCGAGCACGGAAGAUUAUCUUCUAGGAGGAAAGAGUAUGGCCCUCUUCCCCGUGUCCGCGUCCCUCAUCGCCAGUUUUAUAUCCGGCGUGACGAUUCUUGGAACACCGGCUGAAAUAUACAACUUCGGCACCCAAUACUGGAUCACCAUUAUUUCGAUAUUAUUCUCUGGUCUAGUGGUUGCCAUAAUUUAUGCCCCAGUAUUCGUUGCACUGGGAUUAAAUUCGGUUUACGAGUAUCUGGAGAUAAGGUUCAAUCGAGGCGUAAGGACCCUCAUAUCGUUGAUCUUCGUUAUUGACGUGGUCCUUUACCAAUCGAUCGUGGUCUACGUUCCAGCUUUGGCGCUAAAUCAAGUGAGCGGUAUUGAUGUACAUUUGAUCGGGAUCACUGUGUGCCUCGUGUGCAUGUUCUACACCGUUCUGGGCGGUAUCAGGGCAGUGGUUUGGACGGAUGCGCUUCAGGUUGGAGUCAUGAUCGCCGCUGUUCUCACUGUUAGCGUACUGGGCACUUAUCAAAUUGGUACCGCUGAAAUAUGGAAGAGGUCACUGGAUGCCAAUAGAAUUGAAUUUUUGAAUUUCGAUCCGUCUCCUUAUACAAGACACACAGUGUGGACCGUGUUAAUUGGUUCAUGGCUCUACAGUACUGCUUACAUAGCUGUAAACCAAACCAUGGUGCAACGGUACAGGUCACUGAAGGAUCUGAAAACGUCCAAACUAUCAUUAGCGAUAUUUACUAUCAGUAUUAUGUUAUUCAUUUCACUAUGCUGCUGGUCCGGUCUUGUCCUCAUAGCCUGGUGGUCUCCGCCUAAGUGCGACCCUAGGGCUUCCGGUCUAAUCACAGCCGACGAUCAAUUAUUGCCCGCUUAUGUGAUGGAAAUUGCGAGCCACUUACACGGAGUACCUGGUCUCUUCAUAGCCGGGAUUUUCGGAGCAGCUCUUAGCACCCUUUCCGUGGGCUUCAAUUCAACAUCAGUGGUGCUUCUGGAAGAUUUCGUGAAGGGUUGCUUCGGUAUGAAACUAAGCGAUCGAACAUCUACCAUUUUUGUGAAAUGUGUGGUUGUCAUACUUGGUUCCACAGCUAUGGGCUUGAUAUUCCUGGUUGAAAAAUUGGGAGGAGUUUUAGUUAUUACCGGAAGUCUAGCAGCCAUUGCUGCUGGUACCUCUUUUGGAGUAUUCACGCUAGGUAUACUCAUUCCAUGGACAAAUUCUAAGGGUGCGUUCGUGGGUGCCAUCACGGGAUUCGUGAUCGCAGGCUGGGCGAGUUUAGGUGCAAAUUGGUCUAUCGGUGCCGGGCUGCUGGUCCCUAAGAAACUUCCGGUGCCCCUCUCCCAUUGCCCAGGCAAUAUCUCCGAAAGUUUCCUCAAGCAGUUUGAUCGUCCGGACGAAGACAGCGUGUUUCCUCUUUAUCGAUUAUCGUAUCAUUGGUUCACUGGUUUGGGUACGUUGAUCGUCAUCGUUGUGGGUAGCUUCAUUAGUUGGUGGACUGGUCCCACCGAUCCUUCUUCCAUCGAUAAAAGACUGCUUUCACCAAUAAUUCACUCAUUGUUGCCUAAACCUAAAUAUCAGAAUGGCGUUAGUCCCGAAACCGUGAGCGCAAAUGUCGAGCUAGCAACGACAACAAGACUUUUAUUAUCCGAUUUAAAGAAGAAGAGGAGAAGUCAAAAUUUCCCUAAUGGUUUCACAACAUAGCCACGCAUCGAGUUCUGCUAUUAGUUCACUGAAUAUUUCCAGACAACGGAGUUAAACCAUUGCUAUGCGAUUGGAAACGAUGCUCUGUACACUUGAAUCUCGAAAGCAAAACUUUCGCAGUUCCAAAUCGAACACCGGUCGAUCGUGAAAUUUUUCAUCGAUCCUCCGUCGAUACUAACUUAGGUCUCAAUCAUAGUAUUCGCGUUCUACUCACCGACAAUAGUUGUAGAUCGACUGAUAAAGUCGUAGACCGACUCGCACGAAAG